CGGUCAGUUCGUAGGGGCCACGGAACGCCCAGCCGGACGUCGGGGACAUGGAUAAACCCAAAGCUACGUUGCUGGCAGAGGGGUACUUCGAGGCGCAGAUCCACCGCAGCCUCCAAGCUUUCCACUUUCUGUCCUCGGCCCUGGAGAGAGAGCCAGACAAGGCCGUCUUCCGGACAUGUGUGACGCCGAAGCAGGCGUUGGACGAACUCGACAAGGUGCACAACCCGGAAUCGCAGGUCGCCACACAGGAGUUGCUCAGCAAGUUUCAGAACUUCGCAAUGGCGGCCGACAAAAACCCGACUGAAUCGUUUAUCGCCAUGGAGCAACUCGCAAGUCGUCUGAACGAGAGGGGGGUCAAAGCCGAGGCCCCUUGCGUUCUGUCGCUCUUACUAUCGGCCCUACCGGCCGAGCACGACCACGCCAAACUGACUCUGCAGUCCGCCCUGACUCCGGGCCGGGGGGUAGGUCAUCAGAGUGGUGGGCUUCCAGCACUCCAGCAUCAAGCGGGGGAAGAGCCAUCGGAACGGCAACCGCAAUCAUCGCAAGGCGUCUGA